GAAACGUCUUGGUCCGUGUACAAAUCGCUCGGGAAAUUCCGAGCACAUUCCAACCAUGCCGCUGCGCUUGGCCUGCAUAACUCUGACGUAGCAGUAUCGGCAUCAGUCUGGUAUCUGUACGUCUUUGGUGGGAACAGCUUGGCAUGGCAUCUACUUGUACAAUUCAACGACGACAACAAAAGCGUCGCGCAUGGAAAAUCUUCGACGGUGCAUUUGUGCGUGGGGGCCCUAUAACCUCUAGCCCUCAAAGUAUAAAGUGGCGUUUGGUAGAGUAGAGACGAAGCUAUCGAUUUUGCUGCAAGAAAGUUAAGUCUUGAUAAGUUUAAGAGCCAACAAGUUAACGCUCUUCGCCCAGGGUAAUGAUAUAUUUAUCAAUUUACCAAUGGGGUUUGGAAAAAGCUUGAUCUUCCAAGCUUCCACAGUUAUUGUGGACUUUUUGAAAGUUGUUGUUGGUGGAAACGAUAACCAUGAUAACGACGACAUCGGCGCUGACGAGAAAUCAUUGGUUGUUGUCGUCUUGCCGCUUAAGGCUCUGGCUGUAGAUCAGUUAGACCAUGGAGGAAUGUAUUCCGCCAUGGUUAGACCGAGUAAGCAAACUCGGUCUGGAGGCUGCUGAUAUUACUUCGGAUAUACCAGAUCAUGUUUUGGAACAAUCGCCCAAGUACUCGAUCCUGUUUGCAAGUCCAGAGAGUCUUUGCUCAAGCAAAGGGAAGGAACUACUGUUGCUGGUCAAAAACAGAUGCUGUGGAUUGUUUGUUGACGAAAGUCAUUGCGUAUCGAAAUGGGGUAAUUCAUCAACCAAGAGUUCAGCAUUCCGGAAGUGCUAUGGCCAGCUGGGACAGCUACGCUCCAUCCUGAACCAGUCAAUUGUUUAAUAUCACGUUUUCACCUGAGGUUGUUUUUAAAACCAAAAAUAACUGUACAUAAUUAUUUUAAUGGCACUUGAAUUUUGACCAUAUUCAAUUAAAUGAUGAUUUGUUGGUUGUAGUCAAUGACUAUGUGUACAUGUAUUUGUUUAUGUCCAUAUUUAAUCAAGUGUGAACCAUUAUUAGCAAACUUUAAGCUGUAGGCACACUGUCCAAACAAUGAUCAAAAGACAAGUCCAAUUCAGAUAGAACUGUGUGUUCUCCAAUACGACACUAUUUUAGAGGGAAGUAGUCAACAUGUGUUAUUAUAUUAAUUUCAUGAACAGUGAGUUUUUACACUGAAACCAAACAAUGAUUGUCCUUUCUUCAUCCUGUUGUAAUAAUAAGCACAGUGAACUUGUCUCAAUUUUUAAACAACUAUUAUUGUAUCAUUGCCAAAGGUUCAAGACAAAAACAUGUUGAUUAGGUCUUCUUGUUUUUUUCUUUUUCAAACUGCUCAACAUGUAGUCAAAUUAAAAAAAGGCUGCUGAAAACGUUAACAACCAAGUAAGAUUGUUGGUGAAAAAAAGUUGUAUAGUAUGUUGUAGUUUGCCAACCUCAAUGCAAAUCUGCUUUUUUUCAUGGCAUUCUAUGUAUACUAGCAGUGAACAAUUUCAUCCAGCAUUUUUGCAUCCUGAAUGGUAAUAUUGAGUAGCAAAUGAUGAUUUUGAAAAGCAACUGACACAUUAUGCAUAGCCUUUUGUUACUGUAACAACCAACAAGUUACUGUCUCUGGCACAUGAAGUCAGACUGAGACAUAGUUUUAUCUUGUGGUGUGCUGGUCACAUGUAAAUUCCUAGUCAAAAACAGUUUACAUGUAUGUGGCUAUAUAUCACUGGACAGCAUCAACUAAUAGGCAGUAAAUGUAUACCUUUCAAAAUUUAAAUGAUUACCUGCAAUUAUUUACAAUCGAGUUACAAAGGCUUCAUCUGUUGUUUUAAGUUUUACAUACAAGUUCUUUUACUAAAAAAUACAUGUAAAUAUGUACAUAACUAUUUUGAUGGCACUUGAAAUGGAUGUUAUUAAAAUGAAUGUCUUUCAAUCAAUGAAACACUUAUCUGUUGUGUAUCUUUGUUCAGAUUCAAUCAAGUGUGGACUAUUAUUAGCAAACUUUAAGCUGUACACACACUGUCCAAACAAUGAUCAAAAGACCAGUCAAAUUUUGUCUGGCCCGGUUAUCUUGCAGUAAUUCACGUUGUUUUUGAAAGGGCUAAUGAGUCCCUUUUCGCAUUUAAAUUAUAUCUGUUGCUUUUAAUGAAACUUGCCACAGGAAAAAAACAAAGAGACAUUUGAUUUUUAAAUAAUCACAAAAGAUUUUAUAAGAAGAGUUGCAUUUCUUAGAGAAGCAGUGUGGUUACGACUUAAAUUUCUUCAGAAGUUA